UUCUUUCACUGUUUUUUUUUUAUAUCAAAGAAAAAUAAAAAUUUUAUUAAAAGCUCAAAGUAAUUAAUAAAGACAUUCAAUUAAGUAUUAUCAGCAAUGCAAGAUAAUCGUCCAGAGUUAUACGAAGAAGUUAAACUUUUUCGAAAUGCAAGAGAACGUGAAAAAUAUGAUAACAUGGCUGAUUUAUAUGCUUUAAUAAACACAUUACAAAAUUUAGAGAAAGCUUAUAUUUGGGAUUCUAUAUCAGCUCAAGAAUAUACAGCAGCUUGUUCAAAAUUACUUGUUCAAUAUAAAGUAGCCUUUAAGCAGGUACAAAGUGAAGAAUUUCCAAAUGUUGAUGCCUUUGUAAAGAAAUUUAGAUUAGAUUGUCCUGCCGCUAUGGAACGCAUUAAAGAGGAUCGACCUAUAACAAUAAAGGAUGAUAAAGGAAAUACAAGCAAAUGUAUUGCUGAUAUAGUUUCAUUAUUUAUAACAAUAAUGGAUAAAUUGAGAUUAAAAAUUAGAACAAUGGAUGAAUUGCAUUUUGAAUUAAAAGAUUUGGUUGAUACAAUGAAUCGACUAUCAUUAAUACCAGAGGAUUUUGAAGCGAAAGCAAAAGUAGAAAAUUGGUUAGCCACUUUAAAUGAAAUGCAGGCAUCUGAUGAACUGAGUGAUGCACAAGUCAGACAAUUUUUAUUCGAUUUAGAAUCGUCUUAUGCCGCAUUUAAUAAAUUAUUGCAUACAACAUAGGUUUGUUAAAAUUGAAAAUGAAAUUAAACACACAUGCAUACAUAUUAUAUAUUUAAUAUUUUUUAUUUAUGUUACAAAAUAUUAUUAAUCUAAAUUUUAUAUAGAAUAAAAAUUUUAUUCAGUAUAAAUCUGUCA